CAAAAACAUGUUUCAGAUUGAUGAUUGAAAUGGAAUUCGUCAGUCUGGCUAAGAUUUGUCGCUGUUGCCUGAUAAAACAUAGUAAUUUUUUGCCUAUUUUCGAGAUACACAACGACUAUUACCUUCCAAAAGUAAUACAAGUUUGCACCGGAUUAGCCAUUCAUCAAUCGGAUGGCCUUCCGGAGGUAGUGUGUGAAACGUGCCUCCUGAAACUGAUUACGGCUUACGAAACUCGUCGGUUGUUUCUCCGUUCUAAUGGUCAACUGAAAGAACAGCUGAACCGGUUGAAACAAUCGGAGCAGGAAAUUAUGACCGAACUAAAUUCCACUGCAGCAAAGUGUGUUGAGCAGGCGGUGGUCAGCUCGGUUGCAGCGACGGUGGCUGACAGCGGAAGCGUUCUGUUGAACGAUGAAAGCAUUUUGGAAAGCGGACCCAUCACUACAUGGGAUAACGAAAUCAAUAUGCACAUUGAACAGCUGCAGGACGGGAACAGCGAAUUGGUCGCCAAUAUUGAGGAUUCACUGGAUGAGCUGGUAAUUGAGAAAUAUGAGAAUCUGGAAAAAGGGGGAUACAGUUUUCCGCUGGUGGAACCAACAAUGGAGAGCCUGGAGGAAGCAAAAAGCACAAUCCCACAAUGCUCAGCGGUUGGGGUGUUAAUGGACAGCAGAAUUAGUAUUUCCAAGAACGAGGAUACAUCUGAAGAUGAAUAUAAGGAAGAAGACGGUUUUCCGUCAUAUUCGGAUAUCACUGUAACAACUGAAGAGGAAGACGGUAUCGAUGAUUGCAACAACAUAAAGGAAGAAAAAAUGGAAUCUCAGGAUUGCUCAAUCUGUGGUAAAACAUUUAGGAACGCCCGAUUACUGAAGAGGCAUGUCCAUUAUCACAACGCCAGUAAGACAGAUUGUCCUAUAUGUUUGAGAAGUUUUACUCAUGCAAGUAAUUUGAAGAGGCAUCUUGGUUCCCACAGUCCACCUAAAGGUGGAUUUUCUUGCUCUAAAUGUCCUGGAAGAUUCGAUGAAGGAUUUCAGUUUUACAGUCAUCUUAAAAUACAUAAAACUUCCAGUGAUUUGGCCUCUUACAUAAUGCGAUGUGAACAAUGCGGAAUGGAAACCUCUUCGUUGGCUGGUUUCAAAUAUCAUAUGUCCGAAGAGCAUGGUAUCCCCAAAGAUCAAAUUAAAGCGUUCCGCUGCCAUAUCUGUUUGAUGCGCUUCAACUCGAAGCAGGGAAUGCAUCGACAUAUUCAAUACAUCCACCACAAACAGACACCGCCUGUCCAGAGCAGUAUGAAACGAUUUUUAUGCACCGAAUGUGGCAAAAGUUUCCGACGGAUGAGGCAUUUGGAAUCCCAUACCAACUCACAUGCCGGCAUUCGACCCUUUCACUGUGAGUGUGGCCUCUCGUUUGCGCAGAAAUCCGGCAUGAACAUACACGUCCGGGCGAAGCACCAAAACCAGAGGAAUUAUGUGUGCAAGAUUUGUCGCAAGUCGUUUGCCCAGUCGACCCACCUGAAGGACCACGAGUUGAUCCACACCAAUCGGAAGGAGCACGAGUGUACGGUUUGCAAGCAUCGAUUCUACGUGAAAAGCAACCUGAUGGCGCACAUGAGAAUACACCGGGGGCACCCCUACUGCUGUCGGGAGUGUGGACGGCAGUUUAUGCACAGUGUACGGCUGGAGCAGCACAUGGCGACGGAACACUAAAGCGAAAUGGUGCCCAAAGGUGAGUCAUUUUUAUGAUACCAAAGUUGUUUAGAGAUUGGUGAAUAGGUAAUAACAAAAAAAACAAUGAAACGCCAAAAAUCACUGAAAGAAGUCCUUGAAUGUUGAAACAAGUUGUUCAAUAAAUCGAAAGAAGGGGAUCGUUUCAUAUGCCCCGA